GGACAAGUGACAUUUAGUUCUCAUGUGUCCACUCCGUGCCACUCAUUAUGGGUGGCAUUGACGAAUGAUACGGAAGCUGAGUCUACCUCCUUCCCACCUACUAAUAAAGGAAAUCUUUCGCUAGACUUCAAAGCUCGAUCAAGUGGACGUGCGAUCGCCUCAGAGCGUGACCGCAGGCAUUGGGGUACACCGCACCCAUUCAACGCCGGACCGCGGCAAGACUGCCUCUUCGAGACUUACCGCAGGUAUGAGGCCCGAGAAGGAAAGCGAACCAAGACCAUAUACACUGUUGUUUAAGAGAUAAAAGGUCGAGAAUAUCCACGGGUUGGGCUCAUAAAUUGUCAAACCCAGACCACAAGCAAGUGCAAACGAAAGCUCCAAUCCAAGUCGUGUACGAUCAACACAUUGAUCGCGAACCGUUUGAUAAUGGCAUCGGAAUACCGCGAGAUACAUUUGAAGCACGCCAUUCCCGACCUGAGUGGCGCCUUUGACAUCACCUGUCCACCUGGAACAGACCUCUGGGACAAACCUCCUUGGACUCAUUCCAAGAAUGCCCCCAUCAUAUACAGAAGCAUAACCAAGGAUGCCUUUAAAUCAGCCAAGGUGACGGUCAGAGCGAGUUGGAAGGACCUGUAUGAUCAAGGCGGCCUCUGUCUUGUCAUCAGAUCGAGCGACAGUACGCGCUGGGUAAAGGCAGGGAUUGAAUUUGUCAAUGGGAGUCCCAACGUCAGCGUGGUUGCCAAAGACAGAUGGUCUGAUUGGAGUCUAAGACCCCUUCUGUCUGAGUCAACAGACGGUGCCACCAUUGAGAUGGAAAACGCCAGCGAUGGUAGCCUAUGGGUCUGGCUCUUGGGAGAUGGGCAGAGAUAUCCUUUGCGUGAAGUGACCUGGUGGGGGGAUCUGGAGAAGACCACUGAAUGCUGGAUAGGUCCUUUCGCUGCAAAACCUGCACCGCAUGGCGAGAAGAACGAUCUGGUUGUACACUUUCAGGGACUAUUGAUUCAGACUUCAUGACUCGAGAUGAAGGAGCAGUGUCAGCAUGCAGAUCAUACGUGUUAGCGAGUGGGUUGGCACUGGCUAUGGUCGCAGCAAAUAUCAUGAUGGCUCUGCACAGGACUCGAUCGAGUUGGCUUUACAGUCCUCUUCGCCGAGUUGUGCAGAUGUAUGCCGUCAGCAGUGACCACUCGAGUCCGGAGACCGAGCUUACUGUCGCAGUAAACUUGUAGUCUUCAAAAUUGCGACG